AACGUCUCUCCAAACUGCUUCCGGGAGGUUUCAUCAAUGAUUGUUUUACUCGUUAGAGAUUAAAACACUUCACCGGUGUUUGCUCUUAUUUGUUGUAAAAAUGUCGUACAACUACGUGGUAACCGCGCAGAAACCCACGGCAGUAAACGCCUGCAUUACAGGUCACUUUACUUCUGCUGAAGACCUUAAUCUGCUCAUAGCCAAAAACACACGCUUGGAGAUCUAUGUGGUCACAGCAGAGGGUCUGAGGCCCGUCAAGGAGGUCGGCAUGUACGGCAAAAUUGCMGUCAUGGAGCUUUUCCGGCCUAAGGGUGAGAGCAAGGACCUGCUGUUUAUUCUCACAUCCAAGUACAAUGCUUGCAUCCUUGAAUACAAACAGAAUGGGGAAAGCAUUGACAUCAUCACACGUGCCCAUGGCAAUGUCCAGGAUCGUAUUGGGCGUCCAUCAGAGACGGGGAUUAUUGGAAUCGUUGACCCAGAGUGUCGCAUGAUUGGUCUGAGGUUGUACGAUGGGUUGUUCAAGGUGAUCCCAUUGGACCGGGACAACCGCGAGCUCAAGGCUUUUAACAUCAGGCUGGAGGAGCUGCAAGUCAUUGAUGUUCACUUCCUGUAUGGCUGCCAGGCCCCAACAGUCUGCUUCAUCUAUCAGGACCCUCAAGGACGUCAUGUAAAGACCUACGAGGUUUCCCUGAGGGAGAAAGAGUUUAACAAAGGCCCCUGGAAACAGGAGAAUGUGGAAGCUGAAGCAUCCAUGGUUAUCCCAGUGCCAGAGCCCUUUGGAGGAGCAAUAAUCAUAGGACAGGAGUCCAUCACCUACCACAAUGGAGACAAAUACCUGGCCAUUGCACCACCCACUAUCAAGCAAAGUACAAUUGUCUGCCACAACCGUGUAGACCRCAACGGUUCACGCUACCUGCUGGGCGACAUGGAGGGCCGCCUGUUCAUGCUGCUGCUGGAGAAAGAGGAGCUAAUGGACGGCACGGUGACACUCAAAGACCUGCAUGUGGAGCUGCUCGGAGAGACGUCUAUUGCUGAGUGCUUGACCUACUUGGACAACGGUGUGGUGUUUGUGGGCUCCAGACUGGGAGACUCCCAGCUUGUAAAGCUCAAUGUGGACAGUAACGAGCAGGGCUCAUACGUAACAGUAAUGGAGACCUUCACCAAUCUGGGGCCUAUAGUGGACAUGUGUGUGGUGGAUCUGGAAAGGCAGGGCCAGGGCCAGCUAGUGACAUGCUCAGGUGCAUUCAAAGAAGGCUCUCUGCGGAUCAUUCGGAAUGGCAUUGGGAUUCACGAGCACGCCAGCAUCGACCUGCCYGGAAUCAAAGGUUUGUGGCCACUUCGCUCUGAGGCUGGAAGGGAGACGGAUGAUAUGCUGGUGUUGUCUUUUGUGGGUCAGACCAGAGUGUUGAUGCUGAGUGGAGAGGAGGUUGAGGAAACUGAGUUGCCAGGCUUUGUGGACAACCAGCAAACAUUUUACUGUGGAAACGUUGCACAUCAACAGCUUAUUCAAAUCACAUCAGGCUCAGUGCGCCUGGUGCUUCAGGACAGCAAGGUGUUGGUGAGUGAAUGGAAGGAGCCGCAGGGGAAAAACAUCAGCGUAGCUGCCUGCAACCACACACAAGUGGUGCUCGCUGUGGGACGAGCCCUUUACUACCUGCAGAUCUUAGCCGGCGAACUCAAACAGAUCAGCACCACAGAGAUGGAGCAUGAGGUUGCCUGCUUGGACAUCACGCCUCUGGGGGAGGGGGGAGGCGAGUCGCUGCUCUGCGCCGUGGGACUGUGGACUGACAUCUCCGCCCGUGUCCUCAAGCUGCCCUGCUUCACCCCACUGCACAAAGAAAUGCUGGGCGGAGAAAUCAUCCCUCGCUCCAUCCUAAUGACCACCUUUGAAGGCAGCUACUACCUGCUGUGUGCCCUGGGAGAUGGCGCACUCUUCUACUUCGGUUUAGACCUGCAGAGCGGUGCCCUCAGUGAGCGUAAGAAAGUCACCCUCGGCACACAGCCCACCGUGCUGAGGACCUUCAGAUCCCUUUCCACUUCCAACGUCUUCGCCUGCUCCGACCGACCCACGGUCAUCUACUCCUCCAACCACAAGCUGGUGUUCUCUAACGUCAACCUCAAGGAGGUCAAUUACAUGUGCCCACUCAACUCUGAGGGCUACCCCGACAGUCUGGCUCUGGCCAACAACAGCACUCUGACCAUCGGAACCAUUGAUGAAAUUCAGAAACUCCACAUCCGCACAGUUCCACUCUAUGAGUCUCCAAAGCGGAUCUGUUACCAGGAGGUUUCGCAGUGUUUUGGGGUUUUGUCCAACAGAGUGGAGAUUCAGGAUGUGAGCGGCACCACCUCUGCCGUGAGACCCAGUGCCAGCACUCAGGCUCUCUCCAGCAGCGUGAGCUCCAGCAAGCUGUUCCCCAGCAGCACUUCUCCACACGAGACCUCCUUUGGUGAGGAAGUGGAGGUUCACAGUCUGCUAGUUGUGGAUCAACACACCUUUGAAGUUCUUCAUGCCCAUCAGUUCCUUCCCAGUGAGUAUGCCCUCAGCAUUGUGUCAUGUCGUCUGGGUAAAGACCCGUCAGUGUAUUUCAUCGUUGGCACCGCCAUGGUGUACCCAGAAGAGGCAGAGCCCAAGCAGGGACGAAUCAUUGUCUUCCAUUACACUGACGGUAAGCUUCAAACCGUGGCUGAGAAAGAGGUGAAAGGAGCCGUUUAUUCUAUGGUGGAGUUCAAUGGAAAACUACUGGCCAGCAUAAAUAGCACAGUUCGUUUAUAUGAAUGGACGGCUGAGAAGGAGCUGAGGACUGAGUGUAACCACUACAACAACAUCAUGGCCCUUUACCUGAAGACUAAAGGAGAUUUCAUCCUGGUGGGYGACCUGAUGAGGUCUGUCCUGCUGCUGGCAUACAAACCCAUGGAGGGCAACUUUGAAGAGAUUGCUCGCGAUUUUAAUCCUAACUGGAUGAGUGCUGUGGAGAUUCUUGAUGACGACAACUUCCUGGGGGCAGAGAAUGCCUUUAACUUGUUUGUCUGCCAAAAGGACAGUGCGGCCACCACCGACGAGGAGAGGCAGCACCUGCAGGAGGUGGGGGUGUUCCACCUUGGGGAGUUUGUAAAUGUCUUCUGCCAUGGUUCACUGGUGCUGCAGAACCUCGUGGAGAGCUCCACACCCACCCAGGGCUCCGUGCUCUUCGGCACCGUUAACGGGAUGAUUGGUCUGGUGACGUCCCUGUCUGAGGGCUGGUACAGUCUCCUCCUCGACCUACAGAACCGCCUCACCAAGGUCAUCAAGAGCGUGGGGAAGAUCGAGCACAGCUUCUGGAGGUCCUUCCACACGGAACGCAAGACAGAGCAGGCCACAGGAUUCAUCGAUGGGGACCUGAUUGAAAGCUUCUUGGAUCUCAGCCGAGCGAAGAUGCAGGAGGUCGUCAGCACUCUGCAGAUCGAUGAUGGCAGCGGCAUGAAGCGUGAAGCCACAGUGGACGAGGUGAUUAAGAUUGUGGAGGAGCUGACGAGGAUCCACUAGUUCAGUUCAACAUUUAGACCCCCCCGCUGAGAGAGAGGACGGGCCCGAGGAGGAUCGUUGGGGAAAACCACACAUUGGGCUUUGCAAAUGUGUAAAUAGUUAUAAGGACCGUGUUCAUGCUUGUCCUUCAGACCUCAGUGAGAUGUCCCGUUAAGACCAUGAAGGUGCUACAGAAUGAGCAUAGCACCCCAAGUCUCCAGGCAAACUGCGACAGACAGACCAAAGUAAAAGUCCUGGUCUGGGUGUGUUUUAGUUUGUGUGAACAUGUGUGACUGUGUGGAACGGUGUAUCAUCAUUAAAUUUAGCCGAAAAAUUUUUUUCCUCACCUUCACCAUUCUCUGCCGUGUUUCUUGCCACUUACAGAUGAGUUGGAAGAUUAAUGGAUCCUCGGCACCACGCAGUGUAAAUGUGACCAGGUUUGAGUUCAUUACUGAAGUCUGGAGUAAAAAACGCUGUAAAAGAAACUAAAAUGAGGAAAAUGAUAGAUUUAUAGCUUUUUGUCUGUGAUGUUUUCUUUGUUUAUUCUAAUAAAGUUUGCUUUAGUAUGGUG